AUGGAGAAAAAGAAAGGAGAUCCGAGAAUAUACAUUGUCAUAGCUCUAUUUUUUGCAUGCCUUGUUUCUGGUGGAGUUCUUCUUGCUCUUUACAUGUUUCUCCCCGAAAACAAUGUAAACUGGUGGUAUUCUAUCGCAGGAAUGAUUCUUGUCGCCAUACCAUGGGCAUUUUGGUUUCUGACCUGCAUUUACAGAUGCAUUAGACCUGUUGGCUAUACAAAUUCUGAACCAUGCACAUCCCCUUUAGGAUCCCCAUUUUCCCGCAGAGAAGUUGCUGCUGCUGCAUCAUCACCAAGGAAUCCACCGUUUGAUGAUGAGCCCCAAAGGCCUUCUUCGGAUGGCUCACGCCACGUGCAUUUCGGCAGGGUGGUGGUUGUGAGUAAUGAGAAUGACGAUGACGAUAGUGGUGACCAAGAUGAACGUAAAAGCAUGGAAGGGCAUUCAGGAAUUGAGCAUGAAGGGGAGAAUUCAGUUAAUUAG